UCUGAAUCACCAACUGUGUCGACCUGCUAGGGCGCGUCCGUGAAAAGUGAAAGGAGCGACGAUCCCGUUGAGCGCGUUUAGUCUGCGACUGCCGACAGUCCCGGGAGCAGCCGAGGAGGAAGACGAGCGUUUGAUUUUAGGUGAAAUGUCGCACAUUUGGAGAGAACUCUGUCUUCUUCUGUUAUCACUGGCUCACACCCAGGAAUAUCUACAUGAAAAAUGUCUGAUUGCUGGCAUUGGAGAGACGAUUCUAAUUCCCUGCUUUCUGGACAUUGCAAAGCCCUUAGAGAGCAUUUCAGUUGAAUGGCAGACAUCUCGUACAAUCACAUUUUGUAGCAUGUCCAAACGCAGCGCACAGGUCAUCAGAUCUCAGUUUCAAGAUGGCAACUUCUCCCUGACGCUCUCCCAUGUUUCACUGCUUGAUGAAAUGUGGUACAGCUGUUAUUACAGAGGCCAGCAACUGUGUCGGCACUGCCUUCGCGUCGGAGAUCGCUUCUCUGAUCCUGUUCUUCUUGGGCCGACGUCACCGGUGCUAAAGGGCACUGAGGUCAACUUCACCUGCAAGUCGGAUGAGGGAUUCCCUGUGCCGUGGGUCCAGUGGUUCGUGAACAAGAAACCAUUUCAGGACAAGAGCCGAAUAAAAAACAAACUGAAAAGAGGCCGCAACCUCAAAUACAACCUGACCAGCAUCCUGACUCUGACCAUGACGGAGAAUGUGUCUGUGUCCUGCAUGAUUGAUAACAGGAAGAUGGAAGAGAAGAAGACAUCACCUGAGAAAGAGUACUUCGUCUUAGAGGAUUUGACGCGGUGGAUCUCAUCGACAGUUGGAGUGUCUGCUUUCAAUCAGAUGUCACAGGCACCUGCACAGGACUUUGGUCAGGCGGUGGUGGCACAGAACGCCACCACAGAAGGACCGGAAGAAGAAAGAGAGAAAAAUCUGAUUAAAGCUGAGAACGAGCCACACAGAGUGAAUGGAAGAGCCUGGGCCAUAGGGGGGUCAUUGUCAGCGUUGGCGGUGGUGCUGCUGAUUGGAGAGAUCGUGAUGAUUAAGAGGAUUAUAACGAAAGAUCGUAAAGCAUCUGUGACAAACAAAGACACUGACACUGCGGUGCUGCUGCAGCAAACAGCAAACGAGAAACCACCUGAAGCUGAACAGCUCUGAGAAUAUGAAAGCAGAUUUACUUGUUCCACUUUGCACUCAGACUACAGUGUUGGCAUCAAAGAAUUUCAUAUGAGAGACUAAAGAGCCCCCACAAGUGAAUUUGAAGCACUUUGUUUUAAUUUGGACAAAGUUAAAUUUGCACUUAAUACAUCGACUAUUUUUAAGGAAUGAAGCCAAAACAAUAAGAAUGUUCUCCGCUGUUCUCCUUUCCAGCCGGCUAUGAGAUUUAAAAGCUGCAGCAGUGAAGCCCCUCGUUGAUCCCAGCACCUUCGGCCUACCUGUCUACACAAUGCAUGCUGACGUGACGCUACUAAGACAUGAGGAAGGAGCUCUGUGCCUUGUAAAAUGGACCCAAGAAGAUACAAAAACAACAGAGACAUAUUCUUUUAUAUAUUUUUAUUCCAUUUGCAGAUGAUUUUAUCCAAAGAGACCUACAAAUGUGGUCCACACAUCAGUUAGGGUCUGUUAUGAAAUAAAUGAUACAUGAGUAGAGCACAAAAAUUGA